AUGGAGCACCAGUCCAUACAUGUAUUAUUAGUCUUUCUUGCUUUGAUCAUGCUGUCAUCAGGUUGUUCUGCAGUAGAUACCAUAUCUGCAAAUCAAGAAAUCAGAGAUGGUAAUGCCACCCUUGUUUCCAAAGGCGAAAUGUUCGAACUGGGCUUUUUUAGUCCCGGGAAGUCCAAGAACCGGUACCUGGGAAUAUGGUACAAGAAGAUAUCAUAUGGGACUGUUGUAUGGGUUGCUAACAGGGAGACACCAAUUGCAGAUACAUCAGGCUUGCUCAAGCUUAGCAGACAGGGAAACCUGGUGAUUUGUAGUGGCGGAAACUCGGUGGUUUGGUCAUCCAAUUCGACGGGUAAUAAUUCGGUAGUGGUGGCGCAGCUUUUAGAAAGCGGAAAUCUUGUUGUGUGGAAUAGAAAUAAAAUGAUUUGGCAAAGUUUUGACUAUCCAGGGGACACGUUUCUUCCGGGAAUGAAAUUAGGGAAGGAUUUGGUAACAGGGAUGCAGUGGUGCAUGACCUCUUGGAAGAGCCCGGAUGAUCCUUCUACAGGCGUGUAUAGGAAUAUACACGACACGAAUGGAUAUCCACAAACGUUAAGGUUUCAGGGUGAAAUUUUACAGGGAAGACAUGGACCGUGGAAUGGUCUCGGCUUUGGCGGUUUUCCUAUUGAAGAAGGAAAUCAGAUUUACUCAACCGAUUUUGUCAUGAAUGAAAAGGAAAUCUAUUAUAAAUAUGAACUUAAAAGUUCAGUUGUUCAACGGGUGGUUUUAACAUGGGAUGGUAAGACACUAGUUUUGCAAUGGAUUGAGCGAAUCAAAGACUGGAUUCUUUAUUCAACCGCUGAUGUAGAUACUUGUGAUCGAUUUUCACUCUGUGGGCCUUUUGGAAUCUGUAGCAUUAACAAACAUCCACCUUGUACUUGUAUUCAAGGGUUUGAACCAAAAAAUCCUGAACAAUGGGAGGCGUCUGAUUGGGCGAGUGGGUGUAUACGCAAAAAGCCACUGCAUUGUGGGAACGGGAGUGGUGAUGGGGACGAGGAUGGUUUUUGGAAAAUUGCAAGAGUGAAGGUACCAGACACACGACGUGUGUGGUAUAAUGUGAGCAUGACCCUUGGAGAAUGUGAGAUGGCCUGCAAAAGGAACUGCUCUUGUGCAGGUUAUACAAGUUCAGAUAUCAGAAAUGGAGGAAGUGGAUGUUUGCUAUGGCUUGAUGAGCUUUUGGACACUAGAGAAUAUGAUGUAGAUCAAGAUAUUUACAUAAAAAUUGCAGCCUCUGAGUUAAAAGGUUUUGUGAAAUCCCAGUCCGAUCUCAACGAAAGGAAAAUAAUACUUGUAGUAGUGCUUUUAACUUCAUCAGCCAUGCUACUUCUCUUUGCUGUGGCAUAUGCAUGUAGAAAAAUCAAGAAAACGCCUCCCAUGGAAAGACAAGGAAAGUUGUAUGUGCAUGAUGAAAAGAAUACAAGUCUGCAGAUGGAACAGCUUGAUGAUUUACAGUCUUUUAGCUUAUACGAAGUAGCCAGGGCCACAGGUAACUUCAGUGUCUCCAAUAAGAUUGGAGAAGGUGGCUUUGGUCCGGUUUACAAGGGUGUGUUGAAGGAUGGAAGAGAAAUAGCUGUGAAGCGGCUCUCAGAAACAUCUCAACAAGGGCUUGAUGAGUUCAAGAAUGAAGUCAUCUGUAUUGCAAAACUUCAGCAUCGGAAUCUUGUGAAGCUUCUUGGAUAUUGCGUUCAUCAAAAUGAACUGAUUUUGAUUUAUGAAUAUCUGACUAACAAAAGCUUGGACUGGUUUCUUUUUGAUGAAACCAGAAGCUUGAUGCUGAACUGGCCUCAACGAUUCAACAUAAUACAUGGGAUAGCUCGAGGUAUUCUCUAUCUACAUCAAGAUUCCCGCCUUCAAAUUAUCCACAGAGAUCUCAAGGCAAGUAAUAUUUUGCUGGACAGUGAUAUGAAUCCAAAAAUAUCCGACUUCGGGCUAGCUAGAAACUUUGUAGGACAUGAUACCACUAAUAAGACAAAGAAAGUUGUUGGAACACACGGUUACAUUUCUCCAGAGUACGCAGUACAUGGCCGUUUCUCAAUUAAAUCUGAUGUAUUUAGUUUUGGUGUUCUGGUGUUGGAGAUAAUUUGCGGGAAGAGAAACAGAGAAUUCUCUCAUGGAGGGCACACUGAUAACCUUCUUGGGCAUGCAUGGAAACUCUAUAAAGAAGGAAGGUCCAUUGGACUAUUGAGUGCAUCUUUACAGGCCUCAUGUGUGGUCUCUGAGGUACUAAGAUCAAUACAUGUUGCGCUGUUAUGCGUGCAGCAUCGUCCAGAAGAUAGACCGACUAUGUGGUCAGUGGUUCUCAUGCUGGUUAGUGAAGGACCACUGUCUGAACCUAAAACGCCUGCUUUUUUCAUUGGAGAGAGCUGCAGUGAUCACGAAUCUCUUCCAUCAGUUGAUGAACACGCGAUAACACUAUUGUAUGCUCGAUACGAAUUUUGGCCCUUUGCUAUGGAUAAUCAGAUACUCAAUACAAUUCAUGUUGUGCGAGCUAAACAAUUGCAAGCAAUUAAAAUAUUUUGCUUAUUGGUGGUUUUUAUUAUACGACAUAGAAUGUUUACCAAAAAACAUGUUAAUUUACCUACUAGAGAUGAAAUUUUACAAAGACGAUGUGUACGAGAAGAGAUGUUACAUGAUCUUUCAAAAAGUGGUAAAUGUCGUGAACUUAUCCGUAUGAGUGAGAAAGCUUUUAUGACAUUGUGCAAUAUCCUAAAGCGUGAUGGUGGUCUUCGACCUACUCAACGUAUGUCCGUUGAAGAGCAAGUUGCAAGAUUUUUGCAUAUUGUAGGUAAUGACUUGAGAAACCGGCUUGCCUCUUGGAUGUACCGUCGUUCUGGAUCAACAACCAGUCGAUGCCUCCAUAGAGUUUUGCAAGCGAUUAUAUCGUUAGAAAGUCGUUAUAUUCAACAACCGAAAGGUGAUAUUGUCCCGAAAGAAAUUCAAGAAAAAAAACGAUUUUAUCCGUUUUUCAAGGACUGCAUAGGGGCAAUUGAUGGAACACAUGUUCGUGUCAAGGUACCUAACAAAGAUGCCCCUAGAUAUCGUGGUCGCAAAGGAUACCCGACAAUAAAUGUAUUGGCUGCUUGUACAUUUGAUUUAAAGUUUACAUAUAUUUUAACUGGUUGGGAGGGUACCGCGUCGGAUUCAAGAAUAAUAAAGAAUGCACUUACUAGAGAUGAUAAACUAGUCAUUCCGACCGGUAGAUUUUGUUUAGUAGAUGCGGGCUUACCUCAUACGAUUACACUAAUGACACCAUAUAGAGGUGUUAGGUAUCAUUUGAAAGAGUACUCCGCUCAUGCCCCUAAGAAUUCAAAGGAAUUGUUUAACCUUCGUCAUGCUUCAUUGCGUAACGCAAUAGAAAGAGCAUUUGGUGUCCUAAAAAAGAGGUUUCCUAUCAUUAGAAAGGAAGAUCGUGACAAAGAUCUCGAAGAUGAGGUCUUACAUGAGGUGUUAAAUGGAUCAGAAGAAGAAGAACGUCAUAGUACAGGAGACAUACGUGAGGGUAAUACCAGAGCAGACCAACUAAGGAAUUCAAUUGCUAAUGAAAUGUGGACUAACUAUUUGGCUUAUCCGAAUGAUGAAAUAGAUAUGUCAAAUAAGAAGGAACAAUUGAAGUGGACAGAGAUUAUGGACAAUGCCUUCAUUCAAGCAAUGAUAACGCAACAAGAUAAAGGUAAUAGGAUCAAUGGGACAUUUACUACACAGGCAUACGCUAAUAUGAUUGAAGAGUUGACUACAAAACUUCCAAGAGAUAUUAUUAAAAUGGAGAUUACUAAAAACCAUUUGAGGAAUCGUUUAAAAACACUAAAAAUACGUUUUUCUCAAUGGUACGAUAUGUUUCGAGGAACUUCAUUGAGUGGGUUCUCAUGGAAUCCUGAUACUCAACUAAUUGAAGCAGAGGAUGAAGUAUGGAAUAAGUUGAUAGAGUCAAAACCCGAGGCUGCAUCAUUGAAGACAAAAAAAGUGUCAAACUACAACGAACUAUUAGCGCUAUUUGCAAGGGAUAGGGCGUCGGGUAUACAUGCUGAAACUGCUAAGGAAAUGAAUGCUCGAUUGAACAAUAACGACACCAUUAAUAUAGAAACGAUUACAGAUGUGGAUGACUUACUAGCGACCAAUGAAAUAACUUUGGAGAACGAGUACAAUAUUGAAGAUGAUAUUCAAGUAUUAGGUACUACGCCUCCUCCCCCUGAACAAUCUUCUAAUGCAAAAAAGUAUAAAACUAAAAAAAGAAAACUAGAGCAAGAAGAUGAAACAUUUAACUCAAAGCUUAUAAAUUGCUUUGAGAAUGUUGCUAAUGCUAUUGUAGAUGGCAAUAAAAUAUUAGAUAGAGUUCAUCAUCGUGAGUAUACAGGUGAGGAAAUUUAUAAGGAAUUGGCGCCGAUGGGUUUGGAGUCCCAUGAAAUACCGAAGGCUUUAAAUUAUUUAGCGACCAAUCAGGCAAAAGCAAGGACAUUAUUUAGUUGUCCUCCUGAAAUACGAAUGGAUGUACUUAAAGAUAUGAUGGAAUUGAUUUCAUGCUUUGGAUCACCAAUGGAGGCCCAGUCCCUAAAUAUAUUAUUAUUAUUAUUCUUAGUUUGUAUGGUUUUGUUGUCAUCAGAUUGUUCUGCACUAGAUACCAUAUCUGCAAAUGAAAAAAUCAGAGAUGGUAAAGCCACCCUUGUUUCUGAAGGCGAAAUGUUCGAAUUGGGCUUUUUUAGUCCCGGCAAGUCCAAGAACCGGUACCUCGGAAUAUGGUACAAGAAGAUAUCAUAUCGUACAGUUGUAUGGGUUGCUAACAGGGAGACACCAAUUGCAGAUACAUCAGGCAUGCUCGAGCUUACCAGACUGGGAAACCUGGUGAUUCGUAGUGGCGGAAACUCGUUGGUUUGGUCAUCCAAUUCGACGGGUAAUAAUUCAGUAGUGGUGGCGCAGCUUUUAGAAAGCGGAAAUCUUGUCGUGUGGAAUAGAAAUAAAAUGAUUUGGCAAAGUUUUGACUAUCCAGGGGACACAUUUCUACCUGGAAUGAAAUUCGGGAAGGACUUGGUAACAGGGUUAGAGAGAUUCAUGACAUCUUGGAAGAGUCCUGAUGAUCCUUCUGUAGGUGUGUAUAGUAAUAUAGUCGACACGAAUGGAUAUCCACAAACAUUGGGGAGGCAGAGUCAAGUUUUACAAGCAAGACUUGGACCGUGGAAUGGCCUCGGGUUUAGUGGCUUUCCUAUUGAAAAAGAGAAUAAGAUUUACUCCACCGAGUUUGUGAUGAAUGAGAAAGAAAUCUAUCAUACAUAUGUACUGAAAAGUUCGGUUGUUCAAAGGGUAGUUUUGACAUGGGAUGGAAAGACACUGUUUUUGCAAUGGAUUGAGCGAAUCAAAGACUGGAUUGUGUACGCAGACGUUGCAGUAGAUAGUUGUGAUCGAUUUUCACUCUGCGGUCCUUAUGGAAUCUGUAGUAUUAACAUGCAUCCACCUUGUACAUGUAUGCAAGGGUUUGAACCAAGAAAUCCAGAAGAAUGGGAGACGUCAGAUUGGGUAAGUGGGUGUAUACGCAAAAAGCCUCUGCAGUGUGGUAAUAGGAGUGGUGAUGGGGAUGGUUUUUGGAAAAUUGCAAGAGUAAAGGUACCAGACACACGACGGGCAUGGUAUAAUGUGAGCAUGACCCUCGGAGAAUGUGAGAUAGCUUGCAAAAGGAACUGCUCUUGUACGGCUUAUACAAGUUUGGAUAUCAGAAAUGGAGGAAGUGGAUGUUUGCUAUGGCUUGAUGAGCUUUUGGACACAAGAGAAUAUGACGUGGAUCAAGAUAUUUACAUAAGAAUGUCAGCCUCUGAAUUAGAAGGUCUUGUGAACUCCCAGUCCGAUCUCAACGAAUGGAAAAGAAAUUUUAUACUGGUGCUUUUAACUACAUCAGCUCUGCUACUUCUCUUUGUAGUGGCAUAUGCCUGUAGAAGGAUAAAGAAAACGCCUCACUUGAAAGGUCAAGGAAAGUGGAAUGUGCAUGAUGAAAAGAAUACAAGUCUGCAGAUGGAACAGCUUGAUGAUAUACAAUGUUUUAGCUUAUAUGAAGUAGCCAGGGCCACAGGUAACUUCAGCGUCUCCAAUAAGAUUGGACAAGGUGGCUUUGGUCCGGUUUACAAGGGUGUGUUGAAGGAUGGAAGACAAAUAGCUGUCAAGCGACUCUCAGAAAGUUCCCAACAAGGGGUUGAUGAGUUCAAGAAUGAGGUCAUCUGUAUUGCAAAACUUCAGCAUCGGAAUCUUGUGAAGCUUCUUGGAUAUUGCAUUCAUCAAAAUGAACUGAUUUUGAUAUACGAGUACAUGACUAACAAAAGCUUGGACUGGUUUCUAUUUGAUGAAACCAGAAGCUUGAUGCUUAACUGGCCUCAACGUUUCAAUAUAAUAGAGGGGAUAGCUCGAGGUAUUCUCUAUCUACAUCAAGAUUCCCGCCUUCAGAUUAUCCACAGAGAUCUCAAGGCAGCUAAUAUUUUGCUGGACGGUGACAUGAAUCCAAAAAUAUCUGACUUCGGCCUAGCUAGAAAGUUUGUGGGGCGAGAUACCACCAAUAAGACAAAGAAAGUGGUCGGAACAUAUGGUUACAUUUCUCCAGAGUAUGCAGUGCAUGGUCGUUUCUCAGUUAAAUCUGAUGUAUUUAGUUUUGGUGUUCUGGUGUUGGAGAUAAUUUGCGGGAAGAGAAACAGAGAAUUCUCUCAUGGGGGCCAUAGUGAUAACCUUCUUGGACAUGCAUGGAGACUGUAUAAAGAAGGAAGGUCCACCGGACUAUUGAGUGCAUCUUUACAGGCCUCAUGUGUGGUCUCUGAAGUACUAAGAUCUAUACAUGUAGCGCUGUUAUGCGUGCAGCAUCAUCCAGAAGAUAGACCAACUAUGUGGUCUGUGGUUCUCAUGCUGGUUAGUGAGGGACCACUGCCUGAACCUAAAACACCUGCUUUUUUCACUGAAGAGAGUUGCGGUGAUCAUGAAUCUCUUCCAUCUGUUGAUGAACACACGAUAACACUAUUGUGUGCUCGAUAACAUGCACAUGGUUAUAUAGUGUAUUAUGGCUUAUAGUUUGAGAGACUAGUUUCCAGCUUUUGAUAUUAUAAUUUAUUAGACUUUAUACU